UACAUCAGCAUCAGGCGCGGAAUCAAAACUAGCUACAACGACUUUAGCCUUCAGUAUUUACAGGGAAAUACUUCAUUUCAAUAUGAAUGCACCAAGUGCCACGUUGUAAGCAUUUACAAUAUCUAUGACACUAUCGGGAAAUCUGAAAACGGCCGGAAUGUUUCGUUUAUCAUGACUGCGAAUGUAGAACUAGAUUGGUGUUAGGGCCUCCACGAGGACUCGCAUAACGUUAUCUAGGCCUGGCAAGCCACUUUUGAUAGCCACUUAGCAUACCUACGCGUUUGAAUUUAAAUGCCACAUAUUCUAUAACUAAUAAAAUGUCUGGGUUCAGUUUUGGAACGACCACGUUGGGGGCCCCCAAUACUGGAGGAGGGUUUUCUUUUGGAGCUGCAACAAGCGCCCCUGCAGCGCCAGCGAACACGACUGGUUUUUCAUUUGGAGGUCUUGGGGGCGCUGCUUCCACCCCGGUUGCUGCUGCUGCUGCCACAACAACUACCUCCGCAAGUUUAUUCGGAGGUAGUGGCCUGUUAGCUCAGAAACCAGCUGGCGGCUUUGGCUUUGGUACACCUGCCGCAGGGGCUGCUGCAGCUGCACCAAGCACUGGCCUCACACUAGGUGCUCCUGCUGCACCCACUGCUGCUAAUACAGGUUUCAGCUUUGGGAAGCCGGCUGCCUCCGCCACACCUUUCUCCCUGACGACCACCUCCUCUGCCCCAGCCACUGGCCUCACCUUUGGCUCUGGCCUCACGUCCACGGCGCCGCAGACCAGCCUGCCGGGGUUCUCCCUUAACCUCGGCGCCGCGGCAACCAGCUCCGCGGCCCCCUCCACUGGCCUGUCCCUCGGCUCCAGCCUCUUCUCCAGCGCAGUGCCCACUGGUUUGGGGCAGCCAACUCUGGGUGGAGGUUUGACUUUGGGUGGAGGUUUGACUUUGGGAUCUUUGGUGUCCUCUGCUGCCACGACAACAGCUGCUGCGCCCAGCCUCGGCCUGGGUGGGGUGGACUUCAGCACCUCCUCGGAGAAGAAGAACGACAAGUCCUCCGGUGUCAGUCCACAAGACAGCAAGGCUCUUAAAGAUGAAAACCUACCUCCAGUCAUCUGCCAGGACGUGGACAACUUCCAGAAGUUUGUGAAGGAGCAGAAGCAGGUGCAGGAAGAGAUCAGUCGCAUGUCGUCCAAGGCCAUGCUGAAGGUGCAGGACGACAUCAAGAACCUGAAGCAGCUGCUCUCCGUCAGCGCCAGCGGCCUGCAGAGGAACGCGCUGGCCAUCGACAAGCUCAAGAUGGAGACCGCACAGGAGCUGAAGAAUGCUGACAUUGCCUUGAGAACUCAAAAGACCCCGCCGGGACUGCAGCAUGAGAACACUGCUCCAUCAGAUUAUUUCCGCGGCCUGGUGGAGCAGUUUGAGGUCCAGCUGCAGCAGUACCGCCAGCAGAUCGAGGAGCUGGAGAACCACCUGACCACCCAGGGGAGCGGCUCCCACAUCACCCCGCAAGAUCUUUCCUUGGCGAUGCAGAGACUCUAUCAGACGUUUGUGGCCUUAGCUGCUCAACUACAGACAGUGCAUGAGAAUGUGAAAAUCUUGAAGCACCAGUACCUGAACUACCGGAGGGCGUUCCUGGAGGACUCCACUGACGUGUUUGAGUCCAAGCGUGCCGCCACCAAGAAGUAUCAGAGUGCCCCGCGCGUCACCACCGGCCCCGCACCGUUCAGCAGCGUCCCCAAUGCCACGGCCGUUGCCAUGGCAGCCACACUGACGCAGCAACAGCAGCCUGCUCCAGGGUCACAGGCCGCCCUGGGGGCUGGCUUUGGGGUUCCCUUCGCCCCAGGCAUGGGCUCUUCUGGCCUCGGAGCAGCGUUUGGAAGCGGGCCUGGGUUCGGCAACGUGGCCACGGGCAGCUCCUCGUUUGGGUUCUCCUCCAGCAAGCCUUCAGGUGGCAGUUUGAGUGCAGGUUUUGGCAGCUCCAGCACGUCAGGUUUUAACUUCAGCAACCCUGGUAUCAACGCCUCAGCCGGGCUGACGUUUGGCGUGUCCAACGCUCCGGCGGCAGGGUUCGGCACCGCUGCUCCCCUCCUGCAGCUGAAGAAGCCCCCCGCGGGCAACAAGCGGGGCAAAAGAUAAACCCCCCGGCGGAGUGGUGGGGGUAAAAAGCUAGACGUCGUCCAGGGCAGUGGUAGAUUGAGAAGCAUCUGUGUUAAAAUGUCUAUUUUUAUACAUCAGGCAGGGACGUAAGGGAUAAGUCAUUAGCACAUUUAAAAAAUGAGAUCUCUCUGUUGUCUUUGUUUUUCUUUUUGUGUUUUUUUUUUCCUGCGUUCUUGAUUAUGAUGCACCUCUUCCUUUUUGUGUCUGAUAGAUGGACGCAGGAAGUUUGUGCUGAUGUUGUCAUUUGUAGAUGUUGUGGAUGAACUUCUAAGAAUACAUAAAGCAACUGAUGAAAGUUUGGAGCACACUUGCAAAUCUUCUUGCUUUGUGUUGAUUAUGCAUUCAUAUGCAUGUGCACUGUGUGUGUGAGGGAGGGGGUGUGUGGACCUCUAACCGUGUCUUGGUUCAACGUGUUAAUCCUGUAUUUCUUUAAGUCAAGGAGCCUGGUUUGCCUAUGUAAAAGUCAGUCGGUUCUCUUUGUUACUCUGAACUCCCUUUGUUUCCUUUACCAAAUAGUGCAAAAGGUAUUUUGUACAAGUCCGCAGAAGUUAUGUGUAUAUGUGUAUUUUUCAAUUUUGAAAGAGCAGUUUAAUAAUAAAAAUAAUGAAUGAUU